ACUCAUUCACUUCUUCAUCACCUCUCAAUUGUUAGGUUAAGAGAGAUCUCACUAUAAGGUGAAGGAGUGCUUCAAUGAUGAAAAACGAGAAAGUAACUUCUGAAGAUCAGCACGUGGAACGGUAAAGGCAAGUGACUAAGUAAAGAGAAAGAGACUCUAAAGAGAAAUCAACAAAGGUGUACAAAAUCAAGAAAUUAUCUCAAUCGCUAAUCAUCAUUUCUUGGCAUAUUCCACACAUGGAUGGUCUGAAGAAGAAUCUAUCUCAAUCAUCAAAGAAAACAAUGUAUAUUGAUCCAUUGUCCAUACGGAUUUCAUCGUCUGACCAUAACACUUGUCAAAUGUCUUAUUAUAAAAUUCACAACAUAAAUCCAUUUCAAAAGCAUCGUUUGAAGUUUGAAGUAACUAGCCUCCUCUCUCUGUCACCCGUUUCGUUCGUGUGUUUUCUCGGAUCUCGUUACAGUAGAGGAGCGAUUCACCGCCGCAUUCCGGCGUCCGUCGAGAGAGCCCGGAGCUAGAAUCAUUUCUUUGGUUUCCGAUAGAUACUCCUUCUCGAUCUCACAUGAACAUGAACAUGAACCUUCUCUAUCUGGUUCAGUCGCAGUCAUGCUCUUCUGGCCAAUAAUCGUUGAUCGGAGAAACCUCCACGGCAACGGCAACGGUGGAAGGAGGCACGAGUCGCGUGACCAACAGCAGCGGAACCAUGAUUUCGAGGUGGUGGUAUGCUGUGCAUGCUCUAGCUGCAAUAACAAAGGAUGAUGGCCUCAAGUCUCUCUCUGUUCUUUACAAGAGGCUUGUAGAUAUGCUUGAGGAGAAAACACAUCUACCUGCAGUAUUGCAGUCUCUGGGGUGUAUAGCACAGACUGCAAUGCCUUUAUUUGAAACUAGAGAGAGUGAAAUUGAAGAAUUUAUUAUAAACAAGAUUCUGAAAAGUGAUAGUAAAGCGGAUCAUACAGCAUCAUGGGAUGAUAGAAGUGAUCUUUGCGUGUUGAAGAUAUAUGGCAUCAAAACUAGUGAAAAGCUACUUGCCAAUCAAAGAUGCUCUUGUUCGUCCUGGUAUUGAUGGUCUUCUGGAUAUCCUGCGAAACAUGCUAUCAUAUGGUGAAAUAUCAAAGGACCUAAAGUCAAGCUCAGUUGAUAAGGCCCACUUGAGGCUUACUUCUGCAAUGGCAAUUCUUCGUUUGUCAAGGCUCUGGGAUCAUAAGAUACCUGCUGAUAUUUUCCACUUAACUUUAAGGACAUCAGAGGUAGGUUCCUCCCUCCGUUUACUUUAUAUCUUUAGCAUUUAUGAUUUGUUUACCACAUUGAAAAGUCAAGAAACUAGAGUCAAGUUUCAUGAUUUUGGGAUUUCCUAUAAUAGAAAAUGCAAUUAAAUAAGACUAAUUCAAGGAAUAUAAUCUGUUUCAAAGUAUUUCCUUAAGAAACUAGCACAGUUUUUUCAACUCCCCCUUCAUGCUGGUGAAUAGGUGAUGCAUUCUCCAUUCCCAGCUUGAGUAUAAUAUUAUGAAACGCUGGAUUACACAAUCCUAUAUUGAGUAUGUCGCAAAACUGACCUUGGGUAGACAGACACACAGGGUAUAAAAUUAAAUAGGAACAUCUAAUUUUUCUUUCUUAUUUUCACCUUUUCCAUUUGUAUUGCUGCAUGUCCUUUUUUGUAUUACAAUUUUUCCAGUGUCCUUUUUCUUUUAUAGAUUGUAUUUAGGAACAAAACCUUGUAAUAUUAGAUCAUUUGUCUUAGGUUGAGUUGUAAUUUUUCUUUUUCUCUCUUGAUAGACUUUGGACUUUCUUUUUUGGAUCCUUUGGUUGAUCUAUGUUGUUUGAUUUCUUUGUUUGUGUGGGUGAGUUGAGAAAUUGUACACUAUUAUAAAUAAGAUCCUUUAGAGUGAUCCUCCAAGAAUACUUGCUUUGGUUGCUUUAUAGUUAUUUUCUCGCCUAGUAUAUCUUCAUGAUGGUCGAUGCUAUUAGUGUCUUUGUCUUAUUAUUUAAACUGACAUUUGUAUUGCUGUAUGUUUUAGUUCUUUGUAUUACAAUUUUUCCAAUGUCCUUUUUCUUUUAAAGAUUGUAUUUAGGAACAAAACCUUGUAAUUUUAGAUCAUUUGUCUUAGGUUUUGAGUUGUAAUUUUUCUUUUUCUCUCUUGAUAGACUUUGGACUUUAUUUUUUGGAUCCUUUGGUUGAUCUUUAUUGUUUGAUUUCUUUGUUUGUGUGGGUGAGUUGAGACAUUGUACACUAUUAUAAAUAAGAUCCUUUAGAGGGAUCCUCCAAGAAUACUUGCUUUGGUUGCUUUGUAGUUAUUUUCUCGCCUAGUAUAUCUUCAUGAUAGUCGAUGCUAUUAGUGUCUUUGUCUUAUUAUUUAAACUGACAUUUGUAUUGAUGUAUGUUUUAGUUCUUUGUAUUACAAUUUUUCCAAUGUCCUUUUUCUUUUAUAGAUUGUAUUUAGGAACAAAACCUUGUAAUUUUAGAUCAUUUGUCUUAGGUUUUGAGUUGUAAUUUUUCUUUUUCUCUCUUGAUAGACUUUGGACUUUAUUUUUUGGAUUCUUUGGUUGAUCUUUAUUGUUUGUUUUCUUUGUUUGGGUGGGUGAGUUGAGACAUUGUACACUAUUAUAAAUAAGAUCAUUUAGAGUGAUCCUUCAGGCAUUCUUGCUUUGGAUGCUUUAUAA